AUGAUCUCAUUCGCUCGGCCCGCUUCUCCCUCGACUCAAGACGAUGCUGAAAAUAAACAGCCCGCUAAUUAUUCAAGAGCUCGUAAUUGGCAUGGAGUUUUCUUUGUUGCAGCUGCCCACUAUAUAAACUUGUUAAUCCCACUGAUCAUCAGAGACAUUCCAUCCAUCACCUCAAGCCAACAACCAACAUCAUCAGCCACCACUAUAAAUACCUUCAUCUUCAACACUUCUUCCCCCAAACAACAACCUCAAACCUUCAAAACCUUCAAAAUGCAAUUCUCCAUCGCCGCCAUCAUCCCCUUCCUGGCCUCCGCCAACGCCAUCAUCAGCGGCAUCGCCGUCCCCGAAACCAUCAAGCCCGGCGAGCCCUUCCAACUCACCAUCGAGACCCAAAACUACAUCCAAGCCGUCUCAGACAUCUCCAUUGCCGUUGGCUACCAAAAGGGUGACGGCUACCCUGACUGUCUCGGCACAGUCCUCGGCUCAUUCUACCUCGGACCCAGUAAAUCCAACAUCCUCACCAACAUCACCGAAACCCUCACCAUCCCCGCCAACAUCGCCCAAGGCGACGGCAUCAUCUCCGCCACCGUCUACAGCCUCUACGGCGUCUCCCAGAUGCCCACCCUCGUCAACCACAACGUGACCAUUACCGUCGGCAGCGAGACAUCCAAGACUCUCAAGUCCAGCUCCAAUUAA